AUGGGCUGGUUCCCGACAACGCUCGAUUCCGAAGCACAGAGCUGGCGGUUUGAUAUUGUCUCUCUUUUAGCCGUCAUCGGAGGAUCUUCCAUCGAAAAGCAUAAGCAGGCCAUCACAGCAUCCCCUUUUGCCGGGUUCCCACGUAUCCUACCCGCACCGGAAUCGCUGCUGGAUACAGAUCGGCCCAACCGGCUUCCCUCUGUCAAAGAAGUGACCAUCAUUGGCGUCUAUUCUGGUACGCACUUCAGCGAACUCAAUUUCUUCGCCAAUGUCAUUCACAAACUCGAGGAGUUGGAGGAGUACGAGUUCCAAUCCUACAGAAUUACAUAUCAGGAACCAGAGAAGGACACCAUUGAAAGCGCAUCAGAGGAAGACGAUGUCGAGAGAGGAGGAAAGCCGAAUGAUGCUGAGCAAGAAGAACAUCCGGACGAAGGAACGAGAGAGGUUAUCGUCCCUUUGAAGUCGCUCAGUGCGUUGAAUCUAGUGACGUUGAUCUCGAUCCUAAUGACCAUCGGGCUCUUCAUCUGGGCGGGUAUGAUCCACGACGGCGUGGCUCUCGUAGCCCUCGCUGCCAUGUCGUUGUCUACCAGCGCUGCUUGUCUAUCUGCCCAAUGGUAUCCGAGGCUAUCUACCCGUACGACGAAAACCAAGGUGAUAAAGGGUGACAUUGUCAUGAAGACGCGUAACGGGGCUUUUAUAGUGGUCGAAUGCUCUGAAGAGAUAACGAGAGAGCUGUACGGUGGAGCAGAAAGCUGUCGCUACGUGUUCAAGACCCGAGGCCACCAAGCACUCCUGGCCUGCAGCACAGUCCUUCUCAUGGCGGCAAUCAUUCUCUUCAGUAACUGCGGAUGGACGAUGCAAAUUGCCGUCGGUGUCGCAUACAUUAUCCUUAAUAUUCUCUAUUUCGGCCUGGCCCUGCUGAUGGACCCAGGGAAAAUGUGGGAUUUGAGCCGAUAUAAGGUGGAGCCAAUCAGAAGAGAACAAACGAAGAACUACACUAUGGCCUUGUGGGAGGCUAUUAAGGAGACCAAGGAAACUGAUUGGGUCCGAAACGGAGGCCUGGCUCCGUCGACACAUGCCUGGGAUGAAUGGUUAAAGCAGGCUAAAUACAAAUGCGACCAUCCGAAGACAGAUUGGCACCCCGAAAAGGCCAGAAAUCAGUUGAUGUCGCAGACUACGUCUACUGCUGAGUCUGCUACGCCAAUGGAGGGACAGCAACGUGCCCCGCCACAAAUGUCAGCUAGCAAGUAG